CGAUAGACGUAGAAGACGGAAAAUUAUCGAGCGAAUGCAGGGAAUGCAGAGUUCCAGCAAGUUAAUGUUAAAAGCAGCAGCAUAAAGCGGAACAGUUAUCGCAUAGUUUCAAGUGUAACACCGUAUCGGUGGAAGGAGUUCACGAGAUUCGCUGCAAUCGUAACCGUGCGGUAUAUUGAUCUUGACCUUUGAUCGUGUUCUUUCUGCACCGUCAGCGCACGAUGUUAACCGCAAUAAAGGAUUUCCUUUAUCGCCACCGCAGAAAGUUGAUUACGACCGGAGUGCUGCUAGGAGGUGGUCUCUUUCUGAUUAAACUCAUCCAGUACAAACUGCGUGAAUUCCAAGAACGGCAAGCAAGUGAAAUCGCGGAGAAAUUCAAACGCAUGAAGCACUUCGAGUCAACCGAACGAACAUGUAAUCAAACGAUCGUGGGACUGUCGGAAAGCGUAUCAGAAAAAGUUCUGCGUGAUUUGAGCACCACAGGGAUACUGGAAAAAUUACGUUCUAAUCCUGAAAGCAAGCUUGAGCUGUGGGAAGAACUGAAAAUAUUGGCUUUUACCAAAAUAGUGACUUUAGUGUAUGCGUCUUCUAUGCUUGCCUUGACCCUGAAGACCCAAAUCAAUCUUCUCGGGGGCUAUAUGUACAAAGAAACGGUACCCAACGACACACAGGCCAGCUAUCUGUCGAUGAUUCAGCACUUCAUGGGCGAAGGUAUGGACCAGCUGAUGGAGGUUGUCCGGAACAACGUCACCAUUGUCAUGCAACGUCACAGCCUGAAACAGCAGCUCACACUAGCCGACGCGGAAACCCUCUUCUGGUCGAUUCAAAUGUCUCUGAACAAUGAUGAACGCAAUCCUAUCAAAUGCAUGGUUAAAUAUACGCUUCCCCAGGACCAGGGCGGCAACGGUGAUUCAUCGCUCCGUAAAAUGUACGAUGAAACGUUGGAUGUGCUGGAAAGUGCCGAAGCUACUGACGUUUGCAUAUCAAACGUAACCAAUGGCUUCUCGCUGAUCGUGGACAAACUAGCCGAAUAUUACGCGGAAGCAGAAGCCGGCCAACCGGCCCCUUCCACGUCGAAAUCUUCGCUCAAUGUAGAUUGUUUAUCCAACAUAAACAACAUCAAGAUAUCGCUGGCAAAAUUGAUUCCUAUCGUAAAUGGGCUGACCGCUAAGCCCCUGGGAAAGACCGGAACCAAUGGUCUGCAGAAUGGCUUGGAGAAGCAUCGAAAUGAUAUGAUGUCCUCGUUGAUUGUUCGGUUUAUGCAGUCGGAAAAGCUGAAAACGCUUGGCGUUAACGUUUACGAGACAUUCUGUGCGUAAAUUGUACGCCGUCCGUUAAUGCCCUUGAUUUACGGAAGCAGCACCGAACAAAACCAGUCUGAACAGUUUCUUAAAGCAUCCGUUACUGAUCGGAGAUUCACAUUCGUGCACUAAGGCUAAGCAUUAUUCUGUAGUACAUUUUUUUAUUAUAAUUAUUAUCAGCUGGUAUUUGCGAAAAGUUGGUUUUCGGGAGAAUAAAAGUGAAGGAACAGGGCCUUGCUAGACAAGCCAAUAGUUUUACGUGAAUUGUAUCUAUAUUUUGACACAAUUGUUAAUAAAAU